AUGGAUAAGUCGGCAACAGCUAGUGGAAGUCAGGAUAUGCCUUUGGCAAUGUAUGACCCAAGCAAUAGUAAUAAAGGGAAGAAAAAAGCUGGUGGAACUGGAAGGAAAAGACAAUGUACAAAAGAGGAGGAUGCCAUUUUAGCUAAUUGUCUGCUUACUUUGAAGGAAUGCCGUCAUUGGGGUGCUGACAAUGGUACUUUCAAAACUAGGUUUCUUGUCCAACUAGAAAAAAUGAUGGCAGAAAGAAUUCCAUCUUCUGGGUUUAAGGCAACACCACAUAUUGAAUCACGAUACAAGCUAUGGAAAAGGCAGUAUGUUGCCAUUUCAGAUAUGUUAAAUCACGGCAGUGGCUUUGGGUGGAAUGAUGAAGAUAAAUGCAUAACUGCAACCAAUGAUGUGUUUGAGGAAUGGGUGAAGAGCCAUCCAACUGCACAAGGAUUAAGGAACAAACCUUUCCCCCACUACGACACAUUAGCCAUUGUUUUUCGGUAG